CGCUAACGAGUUGAUCUCGUUCCCGUUUUUUUCUUUCACUUUUCACAAUCUUUUAAACCACUUUCCUUUUGUCAUGACCAUCAUUUUGGCCGUUCAUACUCUCUUUUUCAUCCUGUUGACAAGUUGUUCCAUUGUUUCGCCUGCUCCAAUUCCGUUGUUCUCUAAAUCUGGUUCUGCGCCCAUCAAAGAGUCCGAUGUGGUCAAUGUUCCUAAAACGCACAACCGGACGGUCCAUCCUUUCGAAAGCAUCAUACCAUCUCAGGCGAACAGUACUAGCGUAGUCGAGUCGGGGUGUCAAGAUAAUGCCGCUGAUGACAGCGAGCUUCCUGUUGUCCCUUCUCUAGGAAAGAGGUUUUCUGGUGGGGGAGGAAAUCGCUUCAAUUUUCCCCAAACGUUUCACCAGUUUCACCAGUUUCAGCCUGGUUCGGCAGGGACCAACUUCGGCCUGGAGAUCCCAAAGGGAGGAAAGCAUAGACACUGAUACCAUUCAGAACGUCAAUGCUGCCCUGAGCACAAUAAUCAAGAAAGAUGCUGUAAUGGAUGCUCUUGUCGCAAGCAGGAUCGAAUACGAUUUGUGAAGUGCGUUCGUAAGGUUGGCCGAGGAUAUAAGACGCGGGUUCGUAACAGCUGUCGGAGGACAUUUACGGAAAGGAAUCAGCUAUGAUGCCCGUACUGACCUAUUGAUCGUUAUCGCUUCA